AUGACCGAACAAGGCCGCGACAGAUCCGCCCUGGUCCUCUACGGGACAGAAACUGGCACGGCGCAAGACCUGGCCGAAGAGGUCGGCCGCACCCUUGAGAGACUGCGUUUCCGGACCGACGUUCUGGGGCUGGACGCCGCCACACACGGCCUUCUCCACCAAUACACCCUCGCAGUCUUCGUCGUCGCCACCACGGGACAGGGUGACUUCCCCGAGAAUGCUCGGCGGUUUUGGACCGGCCUCCUCCGUAAGAAACUCGCCGCCACCACGUUGGCUGGUGUUGACUAUGCACUCGCAGGCCUGGGGGAUACCUCGUACCCCAAGUUCAACUGGGCCGCGAGGAAGUUGGACAAGCGGCUUCGUCAGCUGGGCGCUUCGCCACUCGUCGAGCCGUGCGAGGCUGACGAACAGGGCGACGAGGGCACCGACGGCGCCUUUCUGAGCUGGCUACAACUGUUUCGGGAGACUGUAUUGGACACCUUCCCUCUCGCGGACGGUCAGGACCCAGUUCCCAACGAUGUUCUUCUGCCGACUAAAUGGCGCCUGGAACGGGCCUCGGGACACCCUGCUGCGUCUGGCGCCUCGCCAAUCGCCGACAGCAACCAUCGGCCUUCUUCAACUACUACUGGGCCCAACGUUCCUCCGAAUUCCUUCUCCGUAUCUUUGGAGUGUAACCAACGAGUCACCCCGCUGGAUCACUGGCAAGAUGUUCGGUUCAUGAGUCUCAAAACCUCUGCAAAAAUCCCUUACAUGCCUGGUGACGCGCUCGCCAUUUCCCCGCAGAAUAUCGCAGAGGACGUGGAAUCUCUGAUCACCCGCAUGGGCUGGCAACGUGUCGCGGAUGUGCCGAUCCGCCUUGUGUCAACACGACGGUCGACUUCGGCCACCACUUUGGCCAGUCUGGCAAGCGAUGCGAUCUUCCGCCGCGCCAGUCUCACCCUCCGAGGCCUUCUGACCGAGUAUUUGGACAUCAACGCCAUUCCACGCCGGUCCUUCUUUGGCUGCAUCGCAAACUACACCAACAACGACAUGCACAAGGAGCGACUUCUCGAAUUUACGGACCCGCAAUACCUCGACGAGUACUACGACUACGCGACCCGUCCCAGGCGGAGUAUCCUCGAGAUCUUGCAGGAGUUUGACUCGGUACAUCUGCCCUGGGAGGAAGUCACCAGUAUCUUCCCGGCGAUGCGCCCGAGACAGUUCAGCAUAGCGAGCGGCGGACUGUUGAAGAGCACCGAGGACGGAUCGACCAAAUUCGAACUGUUGGUCGCCAUCGUCAAGUACAGGACCGUCAUCAAGCGCAUCAGAGAGGGUGUGUGUACACGCUACCUGGCGCAAUUGCCGGUGGGCACCACGCUGCAGGUCUCCCUGAAGACGGAAGGUCGGUUCUCCAGGGCGGGUGAGUUGGCUGACCAGAGCCACAUCCUCGUCGGUGCCGGCACGGGCAUCGCGCCUCUCCGGGCACUCAUUUACGAAAAGGCCAUGCAAGACCAGGUCUCGGGCCCGACGGCGCUCUUCUUUGGCUGCCGCAACGCGAGGUCAGACUAUUUCUUUCGCGACGAGUGGACCGCGCUUCAGACAAGGGAUCCCGCAACCGCCCGCCUCGAAGUCGUCACGGCCUUCUCCCGAGACCAGACGUCCAAGGUCUACGUCCAAGAUCGGAUGCGCGAGCGAAGCCGCUUGAUCUGCCAGUUUCUCAGGGACAAGGCCGCCACGGUCAUCGUGUGCGGAUCCUCCGGCCAGAUGCCCAAGGCUGUCAGGCAGGCGUUGGUCGACGCUCUUGUCCAGCAGGGCAAGAGCACCGAGAACGAAGACAAGGCUUUGAGCGGACAAGGAAUGGUCCCUGUCGAGGAGGAGCCGAUACAGACCGAAGAGGACGCGGAGAAGUACCUCGCAAGACUGGAGAAGGUGGGCAGAUACAAACAGGAGACGUGGUAG